UAAACAGAGAAGCACCCAAUCACUACCAAGAUCUUUCUCCCUAAAAAUGGCACCGACAAGAAUCAGACCCAAGAAACCCCACUUCUUCACACCCAUUUUACCUGCUUCUUUUCAAGAGCUUGUGAUCCCUAAUGCAUUUCACAAGUACCUAUUUGAUGAGAACUAUGAAGGAGGAGAAGCCACUUUAAGAAACCAUAGUCUUUGUGGCAAGUCCUGGACUGUGAACCUCAAAGGAUUCUGUUUCCAAGAGGGCUGGACUGAUUUUGUUCGAGACAAUAAUCUUCAACUUGGGGAUUUCGUAGUCUUCGGGUACGAAGGUUCCAUGGUCUUUGAUGUCAUCAUCUUCGGUAAAAGCUUCCUUGACAAAGACUACCCACCUUUACAUGUUACAAACACAGCUCAGAGCAAGAGCAAGAGUGACAACCCUCCUAGUAGGCGAGUCAUGACUCGUUCCAAAGGAGAAAAGGUAGCUAAAGAGUGUCCAUCUUUUGCGGUUACAAUAAGGGAAUUUCAUCUUAAGAAGACUAUGUUGAAUAUUCCCAAACGUUUUGUUAUAUCUAAUGGUCUGAUAGGUAAAAGAUACGAAGUGAUCCUGAGGGAUGCAAAGGGAAGACCAUGGCCAGUGAAGCUAAGACGCACGCCAAGCAAUAAUCGGAUGUACAUAUUAGGUGGUUGGCUUAAAUUCUCAGAUGCCAACCACUUGAAGAAAGACGAUGUCUGUGUUUUCAAGUUCGGCUCACGAGGUGAAGGUGGUGGUAAUAUGGUGUUCGAUGUUAAGGUGUUCGAUUAUAAUGAUCCAAGAGCAGCUGAGGAGAUUCAUGAGCCACUCAAAAGAAUUACUUUUUUUGUUACUUCUCUCAGACAAUUUAACCUUGAUGAGUACUGUUUGGGCGUACCAAAGAAAGUGGUGAUAUCCAAUGGGCUAGCUAAAACAACCUUUGAGACCAUUCUAACCGAUGGAAAAGGAAAUUCAUGGCCGGUGAAGCUGAAGCACAAAAGGAAUGGCCAAACUUCCAUAACGGGUGAUUGGAAAGUGAUUUCGGCUUCAAAUGGAUUGAAAGUAGGAGACUCCUGCAGUAUAGAGCUCAUUCAGAAGGGAAUGAUGAAGCCAACUCAGUUCCAAAUGCACUGAAUUGUUUUUGUUCUUUUUCUUUUUUGUAAGAAGAUGAUUUAUUUUAUUGCAAAGGGCUGAAGUCAAGGUUUGAGAGUUUCAUAACUCUAAAAGCCAAAGAGUGGACAACGGCCAAACUAUCUCGGCCAUUAGAGAU